GACGCAGCAAGUGCUUAAAUAGAAAAGAAAGAGAUUUUUGUUUAAAGAAACUACAAAAUAUGUCUACUGAUGAUUCGUGGGUAUUUGAUUCAUUGGUAUGUUUUUUACAUGGACCUGUCUGGAAUGCACCAUUGCAGACAUUUAUUGAGGAAAAAUCAUUGAUCUUUGAUCCCAACCUACAAUUGGAUGAAAAUAAUCCUGAUAUUAAGCAUAUCCAUGAUGACUACAAACAUUUGGUGGACUACAUGUUGGGUAGUUUUAUGGAGGAAAUGCAAAUAACACCAGAACAAUUUGAAAUGGCUUGCAUGGAGGGUAAGCAACAGCACAAAGAUAAUCCAUUUCAAUUUCAUCAGGGCCUAUUCCAACAGAUUUGGGCAGCUAAUGAUAUAAAAAUAUUCAUACGCAUGAUGACUCAACGUAAUGUUGAAUUACAGCUACAGGCCUUGGAUUUGAUUGAGAAAAAUCAAUUGGCUCUACUGCAGGAACACGAUAGUUUUGAUAGUCCCACAGAUAGUGUACAUUCACAGAGUGAUAAAUUAACAGAUGUGGAAGACUUCAUUGCCAAGUCGGUGGAAAAAGAAACGGAAACUCCAGAGGCUUCUGUAACACCGGAUCAAGAUGAUAAUGAACAGGAUGUUACCGAUAAAUUCGAACGAUUAAAUUUAUUCUUUGAAAAAAAUCAAAAGGUUGAUCCCGAUGAUAUGUUAACUCGCCAGGAAUACUUACGUCAACAACGCGAUAAAAUAAUCGAAAUCAAAAAGAAGACCCGAGCCAAACAACUGCAAGAAACUGUAGCUAAAACAUUAACAGCAGCAGCCACGUCUACUUCGUUGAAUGCUCGUCCAACAUCUGCCCAAGUGGCACAAAAAUUAUUGGAAAAUGUAUCCAAACCGAAUGGUGGUAUGGACAAAGUGGAGGAUACCGAAACUAACUCAGCUUUGCAGUUGAGAAAGACACUAGCAAAACGUUUGAAAGCCGAAGUGGUAGAACACAAUUAAACAACCAAACCACAUACAAUUUUAGUUCUCAACUAACAGUUAUAUAAAAUUUUUAUUUUUAAAGUGCUUUUCAAAUACAUACAUAAAUAUAUAUAAUUUUCAACAAUUAUUUGGAUUAAAAUCGUUAAAAAUUUAAAGGCGUUAUAAACAUAAAAUUAUAAACAAUCUACAAAAAAAAAUUAGUAACUCUCUGAUAAUAAAUGA